GGGCUUACUUGGAGACAGAUUUUGGGGUAAGGUGAAAUGGGGAGAGUUUAUAUCCGUGGAAGUAGGUGGCAGAAAGGUCACCUGGGUUUCCUAACACUUAGUGAUAGGGACCUUUCCUGUCCGUGCCACUCCUUUACCCCCCAAAAAGCCCUACUCGUUGCAGUAGAGAUCGAGUCUUUUUGACUUCUCCGGCGCGCCGUCUCCGGAGAAGUUUAGCUUGUGGACCUCGCCAUGCCCAUCCUCCCGCGGACGUCCGACAAUGUCCGCUGCCAUGGCGACGCUGCUUCGCCGGUCCCUGCGCCCACUCCGCGCGUUCAGAGGCCACCCCCGGCCCGCUGCAGAUGUGCCCCUCCGAGCCACGAGCCAUGACACCGGCCUGCUGUACCCCGAACACAUCCCCACCUCCCUGCUGCAGAAGGCCCUGCUUGCCGCUGGCUCUGCGGGAAUGGCGCUAUACGACCCGUAUCGCCACGACAUGGUUGCAGUUCUAGGGGAGACCACAGGAUACCGUACCCUGAAGGUCCUCAGGGACCAGAUGAGGAGGGAUCCAGAGGGUGCCCAAAUCCUGCAGGAGCGUCCCCGCAUCUCACUGGCCACCCUCGACCUGGGCAAGCUCCGGAGUCUGCCUGAGGACUCCUUUGGCCGCGAGUAUCUCCGUUUCCUGGAUGUGAAUAGGGUCUCCCCAGACACCCGAGCGCCCACCCGAUUCGUGGACGAUGAGGAGCUGGCGUACGUGAUCCAGAGGUACCGGGAGGUGCACGACAUGGUCCACACCCUGCUGGGGAUGCCCACUAACAUCCUGGGGGAGAUCGUGGUGAAGUGGUUUGAGGCUGUCCAGACCGGCCUGCCCAUGUGUAUCCUGAGUGCACUCUUUGGACCCAUCCAACUCAGUGCCCAGAGCCUGCAAGUGCUGGUCUCGGAGCUGAUCCCUUGGGCAGUUCAGAAUGGACGCAGGGCCCCGUGUGUCCUCAACCUGUACUACGAGCGGCGCUGGGAGCAGCCCCUGAGGGCUCUGCGGGAGGAGCUGGGCAUCACAGAGCCCCCCAGGCGCAUCGAAGGCCUGGCCUAGGCCCUGAGCUGCUGAGCCAGGAGGGCCUGGCCUGGCUCCCAACCCCCGACCCCUGCUUCCCCUGGGGACAGAGCACUCCUUUGACAUUAAUUUUGUUCCUUUUCUUUGCACACUGACCCUUGGACAUUAUGAGUCACAAUUUAUCAUAACCACUGCUGAGCAGCUGUGAGGGCCAACCUGGGAGGGAGCAGGCAGUACCUUGGAGCUCCUAGGGGAGCCGAGAGCCAAAGAGAAUAACCUGUGAGCAGGAAUCAUUGUUUAGGCUUGUGCUGGGAUAGGUCAGGUCCACAACCCCUGUUCCCAACCCCUCCCUGCCAGCCAGGGUUUUCUGGGUGCCAGGCUCUCUGGUAGGAGGGCAGGCUAUACCCAGGUCAAAGGCCUGAGAAGAGGGAGGCAGAGGGGGAGGUGAGUCUCCGCAUUCUGAAUAAAGGCUCCCAUCAGGUCUAGAGUCUGCUUCUCCUGCUUUUGCCUGGUGCUGCCCAGGACUCUGGCAGCCUAGGGCCUCUGAGCCCUGAGGGCCGACAUUCCCUCCAGCCUGAACUUCCGCUGCUUGUCCCAUCUCCCCUGAAAUUAGGCAGAUUGGGAUUCAAAUUCCCAACUCCACCAUUUUCUAACAGAGGAACUUGCAGGCAAGUCCCUUCUACUCUCUGAACUGUUUCAUCAUCAGUAAAAGGAGAAAAAACAGCUCCCAACUCCUAGGGUUAUGGUGGGGAUUUUGUUAGGUGAUGCCCAGAGAAAUGUUUGCAGGUGGAGGAGGCAGCUGUGAGGCUGCAGGCUCAUUGGAAUGGCAGCAGGCGUUUUCCUAGAGUCAGAGCCAAGGAGUGGGGAUGGCAAAGUGCAAAGCACUGUUGGAAGAGUAUGCGGCCCUGUCUUGGGAUUUAAAGCCAGAAACUCUCCCAAGAUGUCAGAGCCUUUAGAGGUUUUGGAGGCCAGAUCCUCAUUGUGUGGGUACAGCAACUAAGGCCAAGAGAUAGGCAAAGAAUUGUCUGGAGUAAUAGAACACAGGGCACAAGGCCUGGUUGGUGCUCCUGUGCCUGCUUCCCUGUGGAUAUUAAGGGCUACCGUUUAUAGCUGUACUGUGUGCCUUAGCAGCUGAGAUGCAUUGUCAUGCUGAUACCUCCAACAACACAGAGGGAGGUGAUACUAUUACUUGUAUUUUACUGGGGCAGUAGGAGCGGAACUAGGGCUGGAAUCGGGUUGUCUGAAGACCCGUAGCACUGCCACACUGGUGCCUCAGCCUUCCUCGUGCCCACCGUGUCCCAGUCCAGGGCUCCCAGUGGCAGAGGGAGGAUGUGGGAGGCUGGAGGCCUACACUGGAACCAUGGCCUUUUCAAGAGGGAAGCCUCAUCCUGAGCUCUUGGGAGUUUCUGCAGAAAGAGGAGGGGACUGGGGUGAGCUCCCCAUACUUUGCCCUAGAGACCACCUUUCCAGACCUGCCAGCUAUUUCCACGGCUUCCCAAGGUCCCAGCCACCUCUAACUUGAGGUCAGUAAAAGUCAGCAGUGCCAAUGUUGAGGGGAAGGACAGACCCUCAGAUGGUCUCUGUCCAGCUGGUGCCCUCACCAGCUCAGGCCACUCGGUGCCCAGAUGACCCUGGGCUUUUAUAGCACUUGAGAGAUGGGCCCUGGACAUCAGGAUUAGCUGGGGAUGGAGCCUGGUCUCUAGAUCACAGGGUAGCAUUUUUGUCAUCAGCUCAAGAUGGGUUCUCCCGUUAGAAUGGCAAUAGCUGCCACUUAAUGAGUUCUUACCACAGCCCGUGAGUCCUGCCAACUUUUGCCUAGAAACUUCCAUUCUUCAUCUGAAUAAAUCAUGUUGGUGUUCUUCCUA